AUGGUCUCAUCGGUUGGCGUGGCUCCUGUUGAAGCAACCUACGGUGACAGCAUCCAAGUAGAAAAGCUAUACUUUUUCGGCGCCGCCCUGCGCACCGAUGCUCCCAGUCAAGCUGCGGUAUCAAUGAUUCACGCGGUAACAUUUCGGGAUGAACUCAAUUGCAUGUUCAAUUUUGUGUCUCCAGGGAUUGCCCAGAACUUUGCUGAGGAGUCUGUUAAGGAAAUCAAACAGACACUCAUUUCCUUUGCCACAGAACUGUAG